AUGAGCUCCUCCAGACCUGACCAGCUGCUCAUCGUCCUGUCCAUCUUGGAAGGGCGCCGCUUUCCCAAGCGUCUGCGGCACCAGCUCGUGGUGGAGGCCAGGUUCGAUGGUGAGAGCCUCUUCACAGACCCCGUUGAGCACUUGGAGCAGCCCGAGUUCGCCACCGAGCUCGCCUGGGAGCUGGACCGCAAGUCGCUGCACCAACACAGGCUGCAGAGGACUCCGAUCAAGCUGCAGUGCUUCGCCGUGGAUUCCCCAUCUGCAAAGGAGCCGGUUGGCUACGUGGUCCUUGAUCUUAGGUCCGUUCAAGAAAAGCCAACGCCACCCAAGUGGUACCCACUAUUGAGCAGCAAGUAUGCCAAGACACGUCCAGAGCUCCGGAUUGGGGUGCUGCUGGAAAACGACUCAAAAGCACAGCCAGACGCAUUCCGGGCCAGAGACGCUCCACCGAGAGACGCACGCAUUCCAAACGCCAAGGCUCUGACGGCCGUGCUGGAUGAGGAGGAAGGCUUCUACUGGAUAGGUCCAUCCCGCCAGGCCACUGAUGUCUACGUGGUGUCAGUCACCAUUGCAUUUGCAGCUCAUUUAGAACAGCUGGUGCCGAGCAGUGUGCGGCUCCCGGAGGGCAAGCCUGAGUUCUACUUCUACUACACCCUGCUGGGCAACAGUGUUGCCAACGACCCCUUCGCUGACCUCCUGAACCCCAACUUCUCGCCGGAGCGAGCCUCCCUUAAAAUCCGGAGCACGGUUGAUGUUUUGCAGCGCUACUUUUCCUUGCAGCCUCCAAUACAGAUUCACCUCUGUUGUGGGGAGCAAUCCCUAGGCAGCACGGAGGUGUCACUGGAAGGAUUAGCACGCAGAGAGGUGGACAUGAGACCUGUGACGGUGGAGGGGGUGUUCGCCCUGGUCCCUCCCAACAAAACUAAGCAGAAGAUGCCGCCACUCGCUUCCGACGAGGCUCCUUCCGUCGGCGUUUCAGUGACACUCCGGCGAGAGGGUGCUCCUUCUCGGGAGGCGAGUCCAGAGAAUGCAACAUCUAAAAAACGGCUUCCAAGCAAAGAGCCCACAAAGCCAGCCUCCCAUCUGGAAGUGAGCAAGCAAGCAUCUAUAGGGGUGCCGCCCUCCCCACCCACCAAACAAUCAGCCUCAAGCCAGCCCAAAGCACACGGCUCAUCCCCUCCGCCAAGUUCUUUCAACUCUCCUGAGUGUUCAGGCCAUGGAGGCCAAGCCUCCAGGCCACAGCAGCCCCGGUCUGACCAUGCUACCAAUGGGAAGCCCUCAGGCCAGCCGAGCCAGGCCUCGGGGCCUCCGGUGGGGCCGGCGGGCCUCGCUGACAGUCGUGGGAACAGCACAGGAAACGAGGGCGAGAGCCUGGAGGAUGAUGGUCGCACUUCAGGAGCAGGGCCCAAGGAAGCUGCUCCGGUGUCCAGCGCCGCUACUGGAAGUGAGUCGGGCCUGACGUCCGGCUCACGCGUAGCCAUCCCUGCCACUGCCCACCACAUGUGCUUCUCUCUGGACUUGCGCAGCAUCCGAGACCUGGCGCUGGACUCUGCUAUCAGCUGCUUACUGCGGUACUCGUACCCGUUCUUUGGCAGCGCUGCCCCCAUCAUGACGAAUCCUCCGGUGGAAGUUCGGAAGCACAUGGAAGUGUUCCUGCCACAGUCCUACUGCAUGUUUGAGUUUGCCACCCUACCCCAACAGCUGGAGGACACAUUCUACAGGGUGCCGCUGGUGGUGGAGUUGUGGCACCGCGACCGGCUCACCAAGGACAGCCUUCUGGGCGUGGCGCGCCUCCCGUUGUCCCACGUGCUCACGACGGAACGCGCACGAUUCCUGGCGCCCGACGGCGGCCAGUGCUGGAGGCAGGCGUACGGCGACCGCGCGCCCGUGCUCGCCACGCACGGCUCGAGUGAAAAAAUCGCAGAGUUAAAUUACACGAUGACUCUCGAAGACCGCGGAACUGUGAAGACCCAGCAGGUCUUAAUCCAGAGCACUCGCAGAUCGGCUGCACGUACCCGGCCCGAGCCGGCCCCCGCCGUGGCGGUGGUCAAGGAGCCCAGGCAGAGCCAGGAGUACCAGGCGGCUCUCGAGCUGGAGAUGUGGAAGGAGACACAGGAGGACUUAUUUGAAAACCAACUGAAACAGAAGGAGCUCGUGCACAUGCAGGCCUUGGCGGAGGAGUGGAAGAGAAGAGACAAAGAGAGGGAAGCCUUGGUCAAGAAGAAAGUUGCAGAGUAUUCCAUUCUUGAAGAAAAACUGCGGACAACGCUGUGCGACCUCGAGAGGCGGGAGAAAGAGCUCGUUGCAGGGGAACACGAGCUCCGGCAGCUGCAGCGGGAGCUGGAGGGGGAGCGGCAGCGUGCGCAGUUGGAGGCGGCGGACCGCGUGCGCCGUGCGCACGAGGACUGCAGUCACCAGAUCGAGCUGGAGCGGCUCAAGUUGGCGCAGAUGGAGGAGGCGCGCGGCCACUCACUCACGCAGCUGCGAGAGGCUGAGCAAAGGCAUAAGGCGCUGGAGCGAGAGUUCCAGCAGUACCGCGAGCAGCAAAACGUCAAGCCAGAAGUCCGUCUUCAGUCCGAGAUCAACCUGCUCAACCUGGAGAAGGUUGAGCUGGAACGUAAGCUGGAUUCAGCCCUCAAGUCCAAGCUUCAUUACAAACAGCAAUGGGGUCGUGCGCUGAAGGAACUGGCCAGGAUUAAGCAGAGGGAGCAGGAGAAUGCUCUGGCGAGGCUACACAAGCAGCAGACGGAGCUGGAGCACAUGAGACUGCGGUACCUGGCGGCCGAGGAGAAGGAGGUAGUGAGGUCCGACCGCCAAGAGCUGGAAGGCAUCAAGAAUGACCUCAACAGACUAAAACUUCAGGAGCAGCAGAAGGAGCCUGGACCGAAGCCAGCCCAGCUGCUGCUCGACACCGCUGCCGCCGGUGCUGCCCCGCGUGCAGCCAUCGGGGGGCACGGGAGCGACGGCGCCGCCGAGGAGAGCCACGACGCGCACCUCACGCGCCUCAUUGAGGAGAGGGACACGCUGCUCCGCACGGGCGUCUACACGCACGACGACCGCAUCAUCGUAGAGCUCGACCGGCAGAUCCGAGAUGCCAUCUCGCGGCACAACGGAAACGUCGGUCACGCGGGCCCCACGGGCCACAUCGGCCACAUCAGCCACACCAGCCACACUUGA